AUGGCAUUGUCUAAUAAUAUUGGAGAUGAAACUAGAGAAAUCCUUGCUGCUCAGGCACACAUAGCAAACCAUGUAUUCAAUUACCUAAAUUCCAUGUCACUCAAAUGUGCAAUUCAGCUUGAAAUUCCAGAUAUUAUUCACAACCAUGGCAAACCAAUGACCCUUUCCAAUUUAGUGAAUGCCCUCCCAAUUAACAAAGCCAAAGGUCAGGAUUGUAUUUACCGUCUCAUGCGUAUUCUAAUCCAUUCAGGUUUCUUUAUCCAAACCAAAAUUAAUGAAACUGAAGAAGAAGAGGGUUAUUUACUUACUCCAAAUUCACGUCUUCUCCUUAAAAAUGAGCCUUUGAGUUUAGUCCCAUUUGUGUUAGCACAAUUAGAUCCAAUUUUAAUGGAUCCAUUUCAGAGUCUAAGCAAAUGGUUACAAAAUGAUGACUCUACUCCAUUUGCAACUGCUCAUGGGAAACCAUUGUUUGAAUAUGCAGGGGAAGAACCUAGGCUUAAUUAUUUAUUUAAUGAAGCUAUGGCUAGUGAUGCCCGAUUGAUGAUAAGUGUGGUGAUUAAAACUGGUAGUGGAAUUUUUGAUGGGUUGAAAUCAUUGGUAGAUGUUGGAGGUGGCAUUGGUACUGUGGCUAAAGCAAUUUCUAAUGCAUUUCCUGAGGUGAAAUGCACUGUUUUUGAUUUGCCACAUGUUGUUGAAGGCUUGGAAGGGAGCAAGAACUUGAGUUAUGUGGGAGGAGACAUGUUUAAAUCCGUUCCUUCUGCAGAUGCAAUUUUAUUGAAGUGGAUAUUACAUGAUUGGAGCGACGAAGACUGCGUUAAAAUAUUGAAGAAAUGUAAAGAAGCAAUUCCAAGUAAGGAGAAUCGAGGAAAGGUGAUCAUCAUUGACAUUGUGGUUGAUAGCCAAAAAGGAGAUAACAAAUCAUUUGAAACUCAACUUUUCUCAGAUAUUCUUAUGAUGGUUCAUGUUUCUGGGAAAGAAAGGAAUCGAGAAGAAUGGGCAAAACUCUUUUGUGAUGCUGGUUUUAGUGACUACAAGAUUAAUCCUAUACUGGGAUUAAGGUCUGUUAUUGAGGUUUAUCCUUAAUAUAAUCUUGUAAUAGUUAAUUCAAAUACAAAUAGACUUGCUUG